UUGAUUGAAAGAGAAAUAUCGACACAAGAGUCAAAGCCUACCUAGUUCCAACGGUCGGGCGGAAUGUCCAGAAGAGGUAAAACCGUCAGCCAUCAAGGGGCAGAGCAAGAUGUCCAAGAAGCUUAGAAAUCGCACAAACCUUGCGCAUGCCGACAUCGUCAUCUCUUAUCAUCUUAUCAUUCUGUAGCGUCAGCGAUGGGGGGAGCCCUCGAUGUAAUAAUGCUUUGUUUUGUCGGCCCCCCCAUCACGGCGGAAUCGGUUGUUCGGGAGAGCUUUGCCGUCACUGAUCUAGACCUGCUGCUCGUUGCGUUGGCGCGGCGGGGGGGUAGUCUUACCCACCAUAAUGUCGUUGAUGGGAGAAAAAAAAAACAUCGUGAAGUACUGGUUUUAACCUUUUUCUACUGCACCGCCUUCGGCCGAUGCGGGUGCUGUCAAGGGUUGGUUCUUUGGUACGGCUUGAAAAAGUUUUAUCUCGCAUGACAUUCUUUCAUCCCCUCCUCUUCUCACCAUUUUAUAUUUUACUCUCGCGCUUAGUUAGGAUAUAUAAGAUAGUUUUUAAUUACAUUAAUCCUGCUAGUCAGUAGAUUGUGCACCUCUGUCUGACCUGUCAAGAUACGCGCCCCUCUCUGGAAAGCGCAUUCCUUCUGAAAGAAAGAUGGAGGCCGCAACAUUGUUCCAGGCCCUCGUCAAAGUCGAGUCCAACUCGCUGCCCCAAGCUCCCCAGCGAGCCGUCGCGAGGACUUAUCCGGCCGUUCCCCAGCAGAACAAUGACAUCGAGCUAAGGCCCCUGGCGAGACCAUCGGCACGGCCGAGCGUGUCGGGCGUGACGACGCCCCGGGAUCUCGAGAUGAGCGUCCCGAACACGCCCGGCGCUGGAGAGCAGCCCGAUGAUCCGCUCAAUGCCUUCGAGGUCCUGCCGGGAAUCUCGGACCCGCCGAUGAACAGGUUCCGCCUCGCCGUGUGCUGCACGCAGAACCUGCUCAUGGGUCUCGUCGACUCUGCACCUGGUGCCCUCAUUCCAUACAUAGAGAAACACUAUGGCAUUGGAUACGCCAUCGUAUCCCUCAUCUUCAUCGGCAAUGCACUCGGCUUCAUCGCAGCCGCGCCCUUCGUCGACGCCAUCCGCAUGCGUCUAGGUCGAGCGAAGACCUGCUCGCUCGCAGCUCUCUGCCUAGCGCUGGGUUUCAUCCCGCUGCUGGCGGCGGCGCCCUUCCCGGCCAUCGUCGUCGGGUAUUUCUUCAUCGGCUUCGGGUCCGCCAUCAACCUCGCCAUCGGCAACGUGUUCACGGCCAAUCUGAAGAACGGCACCGUCUUCCUCGGCAUCCAACACGGCAGCUACGGCGUCGGCGGCACGGUCGGCCCGCUGAUCGCCACGAGCAUCGUGUCGCGCCUGGGCGCGCAGGCCUGGAACAAGUACUACCUCCUCACGAUCUCCUUCUCCGUCGCCAACGCCGCGUUCUACCUGUGGUCCUUCUGGAACUACGAGAACGAGACCUCUGCCGAUACAGCCUUGUCGCAGCACCACGCCGGCGAAACCGCGUCGUCUCCGCGCACCGAGCUCGGGGCCAUGCUCGGUGCCUUCCAGUCGCGCGCCGUGCUGCUCGGGGCGACCUUCAUCUUCGCGUACCAGGGCGCCGAGGUGUCCAUCUCUGGCUGGGUCAUAUCCUUCCUGAUCGCGACGCGCAACGGCGAUCCCACCGCCGUCGGAAACGUGACCUCGGGCUUCUGGGGCGGGAUCACGCUCGGCCGGUUCCUGCUGUCGCCCGUGGGGGCGCGCGUCGGCGAGAAGCGCUUCGUGUACUUCCUCACUGUCGGCGCCGCCGUCUUCCAAUUGCUCGUGUGGUUCGUGCCGAACAUCAUCGGCGAGGCCGUGUCUCUCGCCAUCGUCGGGCUCUUGCUCGGGCCGAUCUAUCCGUGCGCUGCGACUGUCUUUAUGCGCAACCUCUCGCGGCAGGAGCAGGUGAGUGGGCUGGGGGUUAUCAGUGCGUUCGGGAGCUCGGGAGGCGCCGUCGCGCCGUUUACUACGGGGCUGCUUGCGCAGGCCGCGGGGACCUUCGUGCUGCACCCGAUUGCGAUUGGACUGUUUGGCGCGAUGCUUGUCUGUUGGUUCAUCUUGCCUGCUACUAGGAAGAGAACCGAGUAGAAAGAACGUUGCUGCGAAACCUGAUAUGUGGCUGACGUAAUGGAGUACACUACAAAUAUGAUGAACGCUUUAGUUUUAGAAUCGGUUCAUGAGUAAUGCGUCAAAUAGAAAGAAUAUCUAUGAGAGAAAU